AUGACUUUGGACAACCUUCGCAUUUACUGGACCGUUGAUGUAGGCUGCGGAGAGCAGUCGCAUCGACCGGACAGCGUGGUUGCAGACGAUGGCUACUCUGGCUAUUCUGGCUACUCCGGCACCGUCACGGGAUCGCCCGGCUACGGCGGCUACAGCGGAGACUGGGUCUACUGCGAGGAGAUGUACUGCUACACGAACGCCUACACCGAUGCAGGUGAGAUCGACUGGGAUGCGACAAACAUGAAUGAGCCCACGUGCUCCACCUACGAAGAAGGUUGCAAAUGCAACGAGCAGUGGGAGGAGGAGUGUGACAGUUGGGGCUACAAGUAUUGCGAGCAGAAGAGCAUCGGAUGCUUCGAUCCUUUCGACGUCACUUGCAUGGACAACGAAGUGAAGUGCCAGGACGACUUCUCCAGCUACUGCUGGGAUCCCUCCUGGGGCGCUUGCCCGCUCUACUGCAACAGCACGGAGACGUACUGCUACUCCUACGGCUACGAUGCGUCGGGCAUGAUGAACUACUCGGACUACCGUGAAUACUGCGCGGCCGCGGACACGGGCUGCACCUGCAACGCGAAGUGGGAGCACAAGUGCACAGAUCAGUGGGGCUACAGCUGGUGUCAGGAGAAGACGCAGGCGUGCCCCAUCACCUGCGGCACGGAUGAGCAGGAUUGCUGGAUGACGCCCUAUGCGAACGACGGCUAUCCAGAUUGGAAUGCAAGCUACAACCAGACUUGCCACCCCAUCGACCAGGCGUGCCCCUGCCACCCCGUGCACGAGGAGACCUGCAGCGACAACUGGGGUACCUGGUGUCAAGCGAAGGUUUAUGGCUCGUGCCCAGUGUCUUGCGCUGCCGACGAGAUGAUUUGCUGGAUCACGCCUUAUGAUGACUCCGGCAACGUUCUCUACGACGCCAUGUGGAACGAGACCUGCGCUCCCAUGAACAACAGUUGCCCCUGCAACGAGAAGUGGGAGAAGCAGUGCACAAGCUACGGCUACACGUUCUGUGAGGCCAAGACGAACAGCUGUCCUGUGGAUUGUGGCACUGCAGAGACGUGCUACCACUACGGGUCAGGCAACCAGACUUGUGCGACGGAUUCCGGCUGUGUCUGUGAAGCCAGCGAGAUCAGCUGCAGCAAUCCGGACACCGGCAAGACGGAGUGCUAUCCCACGGACUGGUAUCCUUCCGGUUGCCCUGUCAUCUGCAAGAUGUCGGAAAUGUACUGCUCCAACGUGUCCUUCGACGCUACUACCGGUAUGAUGUCCUGGCAGGACUAUUGCCUGGAUGGCGACAGCAACAACUGGAUGUGCCCCGUCAAUUGCGAUCCAGCCACCUCCAAGAAGUGCGGCACCCCGGGCUCCUAUGACGAGCAUUGCGUUGCCAUCUCCGAGAGCUGCCCACUGAGCUGUUCUGCUGAGCAGCAGUACUGCUGGGUGGACGAGUACGACGCCCAGGGCAUGUGGCUGUCCAGCUCCGAGACUUGUGCGGACAUGAACGCUGACUGCCCCUGUGGUGCCAACGCUGUGCAGUGCGAAGACCCUUUCUACGGCGGGUGGAAGUACUGCACCGCAGCUGCUUGGGGCUGCCCGAUCUACUGUGACCCCAUUACGGAGAAGACCUGCUACCCCGUGUCCUUCACGGCAGAUGGACUCCAGGAUUGGAAUGCUCCGGUCAAGGAGAGCUGCCAGAACAUCACCCAGCCAUGUGGCUGCGGCGAGAACGCCAAGAUGUGCCGCUGGACGGAUGAGUGGGGGUACGAAAACGAGGUGUGCUAUCCGACAGGCGUUGCGUGCCCUGUCACAUGCAAGUCAGAUGAGCAGCGCUGCUACAUCACCGACUACGAGAGCAAUGGUUAUCCUGGCGUCUAUCGUGAGACCUGCGUCAAAGCAGACCAGGUGUGUCCUUGUGGCACCCACUCGCAGCAGUGUCAUGACCCACACUGGGACUACCACUACUGCUACCCGCUGGUGGACUACUGGAGCAACAGCUCCAUGCGCUGCCCCGUCUACUGCACCGACGAGGAGGACUAUUGCUAUAGCCCGAGCUACGAUGCGAAUGGAGGAUGGUUGAGCACCGUGGAGACCUGCGUGCCGAAGGGCACGAAGUGCCAGUGCACUGGUCAGAACUCCUUCUCCUGUGACUUCAACGAGUGGGGCUACAGCUGGACCGAGUGCCUUCCCAUCGAGGGAGGCUACUGCCCACCUACUUGUGCCGAUGGCGAGGUCAGCUGCCCGGGAGUGGACGACUACAUGCCCGAUGGAUCCUGGCUCGGCUUUUCCAGCCCCACCACGAAGUGCGCCGCCAACCUCGACAGCUGCCCUUGCGGGACGGAGGCCAAAGCCUGCCCGGGCUCCUCCAUGCGCUGCAUCUUCAAGGAUGAGGAAUGCCCGGUGGUCUGUGGAGACAAGCAGAAGAAGUGCUGGAUCACGGACUUCACCCAGUCUGGAGAGUACAUCAGCGACCGCGAGAUCUGCGUUGCUGAGGAUGAGACAUGCCCCUGCGGCCAGAACACACAGCGAUGCCCCGGUGAAGACAUCUGUCUGCUGGCCGCAGAGGCCAGCCUGGUGUGCCCAUGCGCCGAGUCCGAGAAGCAGUGCAACGUUGUGGACUAUACUUCCUCCGGAAAGCAGACCAACACGAGCGUUCAGUGCAUCAACAAGGGCGCGAAGUGCCCUUGCGGCGCGAACUCCUUGGUGUGCCCGGACCCGAACAACGCCGAGGAGAACAUUUGCCGCCCUAAGUACGCCGGAACCGUUCUCAACAGCUGCCCCAAGGCAUGCACGCCAGAGCAGGAGGCUGGUGGCAACAGGACUUGCAUCCAGACGCACCUGACCUCGACUGGCGCAUUUAGGUCGGAAUCUAUCAGCUGCGUAGCUCCGGCGAACUGCCUCGCUGGCGACAACAUGCAGAAGUGCCCCUCCGGAACGCACAUCCCUUCAUGGAAGUCGUGCAAGGACCUCUACGGCGCCGGUGGCAGCAACGCCUCUGCGAUCGCCAGUGGUGAGAAGCAGAAAUCGAAGGUGAUCGUGGUGCUGGAUGCCGUGAAGGAGAAAGCCACGGAGAAGCUAGAGGAUGUGAGAGUGCUCCUCAAUGGUGAACUCUACCUGCCCAAAGGCUUGAAGUCCGUGAUCACCUACAAGACCCAGGAUACCGCGGUCCAGGGCAGACGCCUCAGCAGCCGCCGCGCCUCCACAACGGGUGCGGUGCUGACGCUGGAAAUCGAGAAUGAAGGCGUUACAUCGGUCGCACCCGUGGAUGUGGCGCAGGAGCUGCAGAAGCAGGUCAAGAGCAGCAGCACGGGGGCCAUGAAGGCCUUGGGCGAUCUCGGCACAGUGAAUACCAAGGUGGGAGUUCGUGUUGCGUCGGAGAAGAAAACGAUCACCACCCGCGCAGAUGUCGCGAACCAGCAGCGAAAGGCAGCGCUGGGAAUCUCGGACCCCACCACCACCACAACGGGUGGCCAGGGCCAAGGAGGCGGAAGCAGCAGCACGACGACAGCCGGCGAUGCUGACAGCUCCACGACAACCACGCUGGAAGAUGGCGGGCAGAUCUCCAGCACCAGUGCGCUCAGCUACGCCCUGCCGUCCCACUUCUUGAACCUGUUCGUGGUCCUGCUGCUCGCUCUGUGCCCCACGAUGUACUAG